AUGGUGGGCCUCGUGCGGUCAUGGCUGGUUUCAAGCCUUUUACUUUCGCUACUCGCUCAACAAGGUCUUUCUACGUUUGUCUUCCGGGAUAUUGAGCCACCUCAGCUAGCACCCAAGCGCCUGGCCGUUAGAGGGACCGAGAAUCACAACGCAUCCUACUACUCAGGCCUCGAUCCUCAGAGACAGGAUUCUUUCUAUUGGGGCGGCAGCAAAGAUGGCCAUGAAGCUAUGGCAAAUUUUACCGUUGAUACCGCCGAGGACAAAACCAGCAUUGUUUCGAUCGAGAAGUUCCGCAGGAUGCUCAGCUCAGUCCACUGUACGAACAGCAGCUUGAGCAUGGGAUUCAAGGACCACGCAUCGUUUGCAUAUGUGAGGCGUAAGUGGCAGUGGGUCAAUGAUGCCGAUGAACGUACAUUCAUCAUGGUCGCCGGUACGGGCGACUGUGCUUGGAACACCCAUCGUCUCCCCUUCAACGUUUCCGAGAUUGUCUUCGACGACCGUGCACAUGCUGCCCGACUCCACGGGAGACCGACAGAAUGGAAACAUGCCGUCAAGAACUAUGAGCUCACCGUCGGAUACAUUCCCGGGUCUCGCUCCGUGUCGAGAAAGCGAGACUUCGAUAAGGAUCUUAGCGUCGACUUCACUCAUUCUUUGCCAAUGAGCUCCAUGGAAUUCGAUACCCCCGUGGAUGAUCUUAAGAUCACAUACUCUUGCGACGAGUGUGGCACGAAAGGCUCUUUCGAAUUCGGCUUCCAUAUCAAAACCUCAUGGGGUAUUCCUCAAGAAGCAUCGUUCUCACUGGCUCCAAAUGAUGUUUCUGCAUCCUUCAUCCCCAAGCUCGGUCUGAGUGGAAAUUUUACCGAUACAUAUGAGAAGAAGAUCCCUCUUGGUUCGAUUCCCAUCGGAGGUAUCAGUAUUCCUGGUGGGAUCCUCGAUGUUGGGCCGGAGAUCGCCUUCGAGCUAGUGGGCAGCAUUGGUCCAGUGUCUGGUUCCACCUCGGUCUCGUCCGGUGUUACUGUCAGCCUCUCAAGCUCGGCGGAGCUUGAGAUUGAUUUGACCUCUCCGGAUGUGUCAGCCUCUGGAUGGACCCCAGAGGUCAAAGUCGAGCCCUUGACGAUCGAAGCUAAGAUUGAAGCUAGCUUGGAGUUGGCUCUCACUGCUGGCCUUCAGCUCACAGCUGAGGCACUUGGACAAGGAUUCGAGGCCGGAGUUGAGCUUAAGCCCUACUAUGGCGCCACUUUGUCGGUUUCUGAGAAAUCCGAGGGCGGUGUCUGUGAGGACGAUUCAGAGCAUCAUUCCAUGGGUGUAUCUGUGGAACCUAAAGCUGGUGUUAGCCUUGAUGCCGAGAUUUCAAAGGCGGAUGGCGGAGACACACUCGCAGAGGUGAACAUUGCGUCAAUCACUUUACCCAUGGAUAAUGCAUGCUAUGGAUUUGGCCCUACUGGUAGCGGAACAGCCAGCAGCAGUGCUUCCCCGACACCAUCCUCCAGCAAGAUUCCCAGCAGCAGUGCACGGCCGACACCGUCACCAUCGUCGAGCAGAGUUGCUAGCAGCAGCUCUGUUAUCCCAACAUCAUCAUACCCUUCAUCGACAGCCUAUGAGUCCACUUCCGCUCCUUAUACUACGACGACUACCUAUUCGUCGUCGUCUACGUCUGCCACGCCGAGCUCGUCAUCUGUUGCUGCUUCUUUGCAUCUCCACGGCCAUCACAGAAGACAUCAUGGGUGGCAUUAG